AUGGCAGCCCCCGUUGAAGAGACCUCCGAUUGCUGUGACAGUCUGACAACCCCAUCUUCACUAACCGCCUCCGUGGUUGCCCUGGGCGACAUUCCAGAUGGCACCUUGGUUACAGUGAUGGCAGGAAAUGAUGAGAAUUACUCAGCAGAGCUUCGCAAUGCGACAGCUGCAAUCAAGAACCAAGUGGCCAGAUUCAACGACCUCCGCUUUGUGGGCCGCAGCGGUAGAGGGAAAAGUUUCACACUGACCAUCACAGUAUUCACCAACCCUCCACAGGUGGCCACAUACCAAAGAGCCAUUAAAAUCACAGUGGAUGGUCCCAGAGAGCCGCGGCGUCAUCGUCAGAAGAUGGACGAAGUCAAACCAGGCUCCCUGGCUUUCUCUGAGAGGCUAACAGAACUGGAACAGCUGAGAAGGAGCUCCAUGAGGGUGACACCUCCUCAUCACCAUCAUCAAUCGUCAGCCAACAGUCGCCAACCUCCAACUCUCAACUCUGCCGCUUUCUCCAGCCCCACACACACUCAGAUAACUCCUGAUUCCAGACAGAUGCAGUCAUCACCAUCAUGGUCUUACGAUCAAUCGUAUCCUUAUCUUGGCCAGAUAACUACACCCACUGUUCCCACGGCUAAUUCUCUAUCACCUGGUCGUUCUUCUCUCAGUGACUUGUCCUCUCGACUAACAGGCUCUGAGCUCACUGCCUUUGGUGACCCAAGGAUGACCUUAGAACGGCCUUUCAGUUCCCUGCCCUCCUUGCCUGACUCACGUUUUUCUGAUCCCCGGGUGCACUAUCCUCCCACUGCAGCUGCCUUUACCUACACCCCAUCCCACAAUCCAGUCUCCAAUGGUGCACUCGGUAUCACAAUGGCAACAGCCAUGGCCACCACCCCUGCAGGGAGGUACCACACCUACCUGCCUCCACCCUAUCCUGCAAAUGCUCCCCAAGCUCAGAACGGGCCCUUCCAGUCCACCUCCUCACCAUAUCUCUACUACUCCACUGCUGCUGGCUCCUACCAGUUCUCCAUGAUGACAAGCGGAGCAGGCAGCAGUGAUUCACGCUCACCACCAAGGAUCUUGCCACCAUGCACCAAUGCCUCCACAGGCUCUUCCCUCCUGCACCCCUCUUUACCCAGUCAGAACGAAGGGGUGGGUGCGGAGGUGGAGUCCAGUCACAGUAGCUCACCAACAAACAUGGCUCCUGCUGAAGCUGUCUGGAGACCCUACUAAACGAGCAAUGGCAGAAGUGAAUGGUGCACCCACCCACUUUGUCAUGUGAUGCACACACUGGCAAGGGUGGAACAAAUAAAAUGAAACGGUAACAUCCGGUGGGUCUGCCUACUAAUUAGCAAGCAAUAUUGAGUUUCAAGUUAAGCUGCAUGUUAAGACCAGUUUAUGUUAGAACUGGCUAAUGUCGGUACCAAACAUCAUACAACUAGGAGCCAGAAGAGUACAGCCAGUAGGAAAUACUGUCACAUCAGGGUCUAUCAAGAUAGGAUUGCUCUCUGUAGUGGAGAAACAACAAACUGAAGACACUGUGCUCGAGCAGGACUGGACUGAUCUCAGCCAAGCAUCCUUUGUUCAGUACCAGGACUUAUUCGUCAUAAUGUGGUUGAUGAUGUGAAUAUAUUAUUUGCUCCUGACAAAUGUUGUGAUGAACUGUUUGUGUUUACUGUAGCAAUUUCUGUCUCUUUAUACAUCAGCAUUCUUUCUCCCUUUUUUCUUUCUCAACUAAAGUUCAAGAAAUAUCAUUUUAGACAUGAAAUAGUUUUCCACUGGCAUUCUCUUAGCUUUUUAAUUCCAUUGUUUCCAUUUCCAAAGUUCACUGUAUUCCAUUAGCUGUGUUCAUCCAAGAUGGUCUUCUCUGUUCUCCAAAUCCACCACCAUUUAAUUUUGAACCAACAAACCAUUGCACCAAAGAUUGCACCAUUGUAAAAGCAUUGAAUUUGUUCUCAUGACACCUUUUUAGAGUUUAUUUCAUAUUUGUUCCUGUCUGUGUGCAUAUGUGUGUUUGGGUGAGAGUCCAUGUAAUUGUGUGUCUGUGUGUCAAAUUUUCCAGUGAUCCACUACUGAUUUGUACCAUAUAUAGCAUUGACUGUAUAUGACACCCUAAGAUUGUUUUCAUCACCCCUUCCUCUCUCACUGUCUCUCUCAAAUAGACACACAGACUCAGAGAGACAUACAAAGACACACACACACACACACACACUUACGUCAUAGUUUGCUAUAACACUGUUGUGUAUAUU